AUGCAGCGCCGCGUGUGUGGGGAGUGGAGAUGGGUAACUUUAUCUCCCGAUCUCCUCCCGCUGCUGCUGAUGGUCGUCAUGUUGUUUAUCUUUCCUCGUUCUGACGCUUCGGGCUCUUGUCUUCGUGGGAGGGACACUCAUGGGCCUCGCCUUUCUCAUGAUGCGCACCGGACGGGGCGCGCCGUGGCGCUGUUCUACGGCAGCAGCGAGAUAAACAGGUGUGUCGUACAAUCGCGCGCCACCGCCGUCCCGGGCGUGCUUAUGGUGCGCGCUGCUACGGCGGAGUCGUCCGCAGGUGACAGCGAUGAGGAGGCGGGCGGCACCGACACGUGGCGCACCAUUGCUAUGAAAAGAACACUGAACUACGACUCAGGGUUGAAGCCGUUCAUGACACCGUGGCGCGAGGUGCGUCGCGCCCUGCGCGAUGUGGGUUGCUUUUCGACGCUUGCACUGCCGCGCCUGACGCUGCCAACAGACACGGCGAGCCCUCGCGUCGGCGAUGCUUCACCUGAGUCUUCCACAGCUCUUCCUCCGCUGUGCCGCAAGCCGCUCGUGCUGAUGAGCGGCCGAGGGCGAGACUGCGCGAGCUGCUCCAGCUUUGCCUCUGACGUGCUGGAGCACUAUCGAGCCGAGUGGGAGUACAUACGCGCUCACGUGACCCUCGUCGACGCCGGAGACCCGAUGACAGAAGAGCUGGUGCGGAACCCGUAUCCGCUGUGGUACGACCCGGUGGAGACGGGGCCGUGGAUGACGUUGACAAAGGUAUCCGAGGUGUGGAGGGCGGAGGGUGACGCCGUCGCCGCUGCGUCCGGCGCGAGCAGCACCUUCAGGGCCCCCUCUCACAACGUAACCCAGACGUUACAGCAAUCGGAUGCCGAGGACUACAUUCUCUUCAACAUGGGCCUCCGCCGCAAGGCUGCUUUCCUCCUGCAGUCCCCAACGGUACAGGCCACGCAUCACUGGUCGCGCCUCGUAAAGCGCGCAUUCGCUGGCCAGUCCGAGUACGUGCUGCGCAUCGUCUUUGCCUACCCGCACAACGGCAGCGUCAUGCGCGACAUCGUGAACGAGGAGGUUACCGUCGGCGGAAGUCAAGCUGACUACCUGCACUUUUUCAAUAAAGCACAGCCGUUCUUCCAAUGUGUGAAGAAGGCGGUGCGGGUAAUGGAUUGGCUGCAGCGAUAUGGCGACUACUGA